CCACCACCACCACCACCACCACCACCACCACCACCACCACCACCACCACCACCACCAUAUCCAUCGAAAUGACAAAAGGUUCGGCACCAUGUGCUGACGACUUGGAUCCCUUCUCGUGUCCUGUGCUGAGUGGAGCACGCUCACUUCGACUCCCCCUUUCAAUCGUAUGGCUGCAAUCUGGCACCGCUUCCUCUUGCUCAGCAAUCCUAGCAUCAAAGCACCGUUCUUAUGGUGUGUGUGAAAAGAUCUCGCUUUACUGA